AUGGGUACUGAUGGUUGCAUAUGGAUGGAGAUCAUUAAGAUGAAAAACAAUAAAGCAACCUCCUCCAAGGAGAAGAAGGAGGAGGUGCCAACAACACCAUGCCAAGGACCAAAAACACAGCUUCUUCUCUUUUUGGGUCAAUGGCUUUUCCUUGUGUUGCUGCCUUCUUUUGCCUCUGCUGCCUGUGACCAAGUGGAUCACGAAGCUCUCUUGUCCUUGGCUUCUAAGGUAUCAUCAUCCCCACCAUUGAAUUGGUCUGCUUCCACUGACUGUUGCCUUUGGGAAGGAAUACUUUGCAACCAAGAUGAUCAACGCGUCAUCUGUGCAUCACUUCCUGGAAGAGGCUUAAGUGGUGUCAUAUCUCCGUAUAUCACCAACCUCACAUAUCUCACCCACCUCAAUCUCUCCUGGAAUUCCCUCUUGGGUCCUCUCCCAGAUGACUUGUUUUCCUCGCUCCGACACCUCCAGGUCCUUUACUUAAGCUUCAACCAUCUCGUUGGCCAGUUAUCACCCUCCUCCAGCCAAACCACCGCACUUCAGACAGUUGACUUGUCCAGCAAUUCCUUCAACGGCUCAAUCCCAUCUUCAUUCAUCGUCUCAGCUGUCAAUGGAAACAAUCACAUUUCCCUCACCAGCUUGGACUUGUCCUUCAACAAGUUCACUGGCCUAGUCCCCCCUGGACUUGGGGCAUGUUUUAAGCUCCAAGUCUUCCGAACAGGCUUCAAUUACCUCUCAGGAUCCCUCCCGGAUGACAUUUAUGACGCUGUUAAUCUCCAGGAGCUCUCUCUGCCUGUCAAUCAUCUUUCGGGAGUCAUUAGCGAUGACAUCACGCGCCUGAAAAAUCUAAAGAUCCUAUGGCUCACCUCAAACCAAUUCUCUGGACCAAUCCCCAGCCAUAUUGGUACGCUUUCCAGAUUGGAAAGCUUGCUUCUCUCCUCCAACUACCUCACAGGUGCCUUACCUCCUUCAGGUUUUGACAUGAAAACAUUUUGA